AUGACUGUUUUGCAUGCACGUGCUUUUUGGCGCCCGAUUUGUGGCGGCGCGCUUUUUAUGCUGUCUCCAACACCAAUGCACCCUACCGCCUGCUGCAAAUGACAAGCGUUAUCACAGAGAGCUUGGGUGACUGAAGUCGAAAGAAGCUACCCUGGACUCGGUGAAGAAAAGGACAAAUUCCCAGAGAAAGGGAGGCGCUUCCGACAGAUGGCGACUCCGUAACUCCACGCUGCCAAUACUAAAAGAAUGCAUCCUUGGUUGGCUGGAUAUCGGACUUUCUUUCCCAGCGCACACACAUUGGGGCAUUCCAGCUGUGAAGCAACUGCAGAUGGUGAAUUCACAUCAAGGACGCGACCACAGCUUUAACUCCUGUGCGUACGAGACAGAUUAACAUGGUCUGAAGCACCCACCAUAAUGAGUGCAGCCUAGCAUCCGAUUGAAUGCCAUUUAUGCCUCUGGAGCUUCUCGCCAAUAUUGAACCUAACGCAACACCUGCCACCCACAAAGGCAAGAGCCCAUUUCAGUGCCCUUUGUGCCCUCAAAGCUUCUCACAAAAAGUUCAUCUGAAGCAACACCUGUGCUUUUACACAAGUGAAAUGGCAUUUCAGUGCCAUUUAUGCCCGCAGAGCUGCUCACAAAAGAGUCACCUUAACGAACACCUGCGCACCCACACAGGCGAGAGGCCAUUUCAGUGCCCUGCAUGCCCGUACAACUGCUCACGAAAGAGUUACCUUAACACCCACCUGCGCGCCCACACAGGUGAGAGGCCAUUUCAGUGCCCUUCAUGCCCUCGAAGCUUCUCACAGAAGAGUGAUCUGAACCGACACCUGCGCGCUCACGCAGGCAAGAGGCCAUUUCAAUGCCCUGCAUGCCCUCUGAGCUUCUCACAGAAGUCUUUACUGAAGACUCAUAAGUGCACCCACACAGGCGAGAGGCCAUUUCAAUGCCUCUCAUGCUCACAGAGCUUCUCACGCAAGACCACACUGAAGGAUCAUGAGCGCACUCACACAGGCGAGAAGCCAUUCCAAUGCCCUGCAUGCCCGUACAGCUGCUCACAAAAGCGUCACCUGAACGACCACCUGCUCACCCACACAGGUGAGAUGCCAUUUCAGUGCUCUUUAUGCCCGUACAGCUGCUCACGAAGGAGUCUUCUGAACCAACACCUGCGCACCCACACAGGCGAGAGGCCAUUUCAGUGCCCUUCAUGCCCUUGGAGCUUCUCACACAAGUCUACACUGAAGAAUCAUGAGCGCACCCACACAGGCGAGAGGCCAUUUCAGUGCCCCUCAUGCUCGCAGAGUUUCUCACACAAGACUACACUGAAGGAUCAUGAGCGCACUCACACAGGCGAGAGGCCAUUUCACUGCCCUGCAUGCCCAUACAGCUGCGCACGAAAGAGUCACCUUAACAACCACCUGCGCACCCACACAGGUGAGAGGCCAUUUCAGUGCCCAUCAUGCCCUCGAAGCUUCUCGCAGAAGAGUCAUCUGAAUCAACAUCUGUGUACCCACACAGGUGAAAGGCCAUUUUAGCGCUCUUCAUGCCAUCAGAGCUCACUAAACAGUAGUCUGAACCAACACCUGUGCACCCACACAGGUGAUAUGCCACUUCAGUGGCCUUGAUGCCCGCAAAGUUUCUAGCAAAAGUCUGCACUAAAGGUUCACCUUCGCAUCCACCAAUGUGUGAGGCUGUUUUAGUGCCCUUCGUGUCAGAGUGCUUUGGACAAGUUUGAAGACUCACGUGUGCAUCCGCACAGACAAGAUGCCAUUUCAGUGCUUUUUGCGUCCUUCAACCUUUCCAGGAAAGAGUACUCUGAACCAACACCUACACGUCCACGUAGGUGAGAUGUCAUUUCAGUGCCUUUCGUGUCUUCAAACCUUCUCGCGAAAGUCCACACUGAAAGUUUACUUGCACAUACAGUAAAGUAAGAGGCUCUUUGAGUGGUUUUCAUACUUUCCAAAAGCUCAGGAAUGUAUUGGUCCCCAAGCCAGUGCAUACAGGAGAUCGUUGAAGCAGAAAAAAUUCAAUGUUCUCUUGGUUCAUGUGUAAAGGUCACAUCAGUACAUCUUUUGCCAAAAGACUUGACUUUUCCAAGCACACUUGCUGCACAGUAGUGCUGAGUUGUGAAACUUGUCAUUAUUUCUUGGUUCUCAUGUUCUUACUUUUUUCAUGGAUCUCUAAUGCAUAUAUGUGUGUUAUUUGUCUUAAUAAAGUGCUUCGAAGUUAGCA